AUGUCGACCAAACAGUACAAACAAGCAGGCGAGGACGUGUGGAAGAACAGAACCGAGAAGAUCAAUGCGGAGCUCUUCACACUCACCUACGGCGCCCUGGUCAUCCAGCUGAUCAAGGACUACGAAGAUUAUGCAGAAGUCAACAAGCAACUCGACAAGAUGGGCUAUAACAUCGGCACCAGGUUGAUAGAAGACUUUCUUGCGCGGACGAAUCUCUCGAGGUGCUCUGACUUUCGCGAGGUAGCGGAAGUAGUCAGCAAGGUCGGCUUCAAGAUGUUUCUCAACAUCACACCGACGGUGGUCCAUCACGACGAGACAGGCGCAUCAGCAGCCAUCACGGGACAGCCGUCAGCAGCGGCAUCGGCACAAGCGUCGGCGGGGACAAGAGAGUUCAGCUUGAUCUUGGAGGAGAACCCAUUGGCCGAGUUUGUCGAGCUUCCGAAGGAUGCAAGGGCGGGAGGGCUAUGGUUCAGCAACGUCUUGGCCGGGGUGUUGCGAGGAGCGCUCGAGAUGGUGCAGAUGCAGACCGAGUGCUACUUUGUGUCGGAUGCACUUCGAGGAGAUGAUGCCACCGAAAUUCGAGUACGAUUGAUCAAGCACCUGGACGAAGAGGCGCCCAUCGCAGACGAUUAA